CGCUCUUUUAUUGAUCUUCAUCGUCAGAGCGUCACACCUUUUAUUUGUUUCGAUUCCUUUUUCAGUCUAAAUAGUAAAUACCAGAAAGGCUUUAUUAUUAUUAUUUUUUUAAAAAUAGGCUAAAUACCACAAAGGAGCACCUGAGUACGUCUCUCGCUUAUCCUUUGCGACCCACGCGCCAAGAUCUGAAUCCUCUCUGCACAAACUCGGAGAUCCGUCAUGGAUUUCAUGAAGGUCAUCGAUCAAACGGUUCGAGAAAUAAAGAGGGAAGUAAAUCUGAAGGUGUUGAAGGUUCCGGAGAUCGAACAGAAGGUACUGGAUGCAACGGACAAUGAACCUUGGGGUCCCCAUGGCUCCGCGCUGGCUGAGAUAGCACAGGCCACUAAGAAGUUUACGGAAUGCCAGAUGGUUAUGAAUGUUUUAUGGACUAGAUUAGGUGAGACUGGCAAGGACUGGCGCUAUGUCUAUAAGGCAUUGGCUGUGAUAGAGUAUUUGGUAGCACAUGGAUCUGAACGCGCCAUUGAUGACAUUAUAGAACAUACUUUCCAGAUCUCAUCACUUUCAAGUUUCGAAUAUGUUGAGCCAAGUGGAAAGGAUAUGGGAUUAAAUGUGAGGAAGAAAGCAGAAACAAUUGUUGCCCUUUUGAAUAACAAAGACAAAAUACAAGAAGUUAGAAACAAAGCUGCUGCAAACCGUGACAAGUACAUUGGACUUUCAUCGACUGGAAUAACAUACAAGUCAGGUUCCUCAGGUUUAUCUUCAUAUAGUAGUGGCAGCUACCAAAGUAACAGCCGUUAUGGAGGCCUUGGUGGUAGUAGAGAUGGUGAUUCGUUCAGGGACAGCUACCGAGAUAGGGAUCGAUAUGAUGAUGAAAAGACUGAGAGGGAUACCUACGUUAAGUCACGCCGUGGUUCUACAGGUGAGAACCACGGAAGCAACUUGAAGGACACUACUACACGCUAUGGCAGCAGGAAGGAUCAAGAUAAUAUGUCAUCCACUGCAUCAAAGUCAUCAUCUAAAUCAAAUGACUUUGAUAAGUAUGGUUCAAUCCCAACUCAAAGCUCAAGUGUUCCUUCAAAUUAUUAUGAGGAUGAUUUUGACGAUUUUGAUCCACGAGGAACUUCCUCUAGUAAGAGUGCUGGAAGUUCUAAGCAGGUGGAUCUGUUUGGAGAAAGUUUGAUUGGUGACCUCAUGGACGCACCAACAUCUGUUCCUGCAGAAAAUCCUGCCAUGGAUAGCAGUCAACCAGAAGAAGUUGAUCUGUUUGCUGAUGCCACAUUUGUGUCAGCACCAGUCCAGGUGGAAGCCAAAGCAAGCUCCCAAAACAAGAAUGAGGCUGAUCUAUUUGCUUCAGAACCUGUCAUUUCUCAUACCUCUCCAACGGUUGACCUUUUUGCCACCUCUGACCCAGUCGUGCAGCCAGAAAUCAAGUCUACAAAUGCUGCACCAACAAACAUUAACCUUUUGGAUCCCUUUGCUGCUGUUCCACUUAACAACUUUGAUGAUUCUGAUCCUUUUGGUGCAUUCACCUCUCAUUCCAACUCAGCAUCUACAGAACCUUCAAAGAUUUCUGUCAGUGAUGGAAGCCAAAAUGGUAAUUUAGGAGGAAAUGUUUCGUCAGAAUCGAAGACUGCAGUCAGGAAAGAUUCUUUCCAGGUGAAAUCUGGAAUUUGGUCUGAUUCACUUAGCCGUGGAUUGAUUGAUCUUAAUAUAUCUGCUCCCAAGAAAGUAAAUCUGGCAGAUGUUGGCGUGGUGGGUGGAUUAAGUGAUGGAUUAGAUGAAAGGGAGAAAGGACCGCAGGCUUCGUAUCUCAUGGGGAGAGCGAUGGGUUCAGGAACUGGUCUCGGUAGAUCUGGUUUCACUUCUUCACAGGCAACGGGAGGUGAUCAGUUCGACGACUUCUUUUCUACCCUCAAUGGUCAACCCUAUCAAUAUGGAGGUUUCCAAAAGUAAAUAUUUAAUUAUUCAUUCAUCUUCAUAUAAUUCUUUCUUUAGCCUAUCAAUGGAAUCCAUGAGCGUUUUGGUGUGCUGAGUUUGUUCAUUCGUACAUCAUAAAAAUGCUGUUAUUUGAGAAAUUUGGAAUCGUGAGUGGAAGAUAUAUAUAUAUAUAUAUGUUUUUUGUUUUUA